AUGCUUCACUCCACCAAUUUGAUUCCACUUCUCAUUCUUCUCUCCGGCGUUACAAGAGUUCGAACUGCGGUUAUCCAAUUUAAUGCCUUAGAAGCAGACCCUCCUCCACCCAAUACCCGGACUUGUGCUGGCAAACCCUACACUUCCGGCUGGGCCUUCUACAGCACAACCAUCAUCGUACACUACGCAAACGGCAUCGGCUGCGAAAAUGUAAAGAACCACCUCAUCGUCACGAUAGGCGAGACAUCUUCUCCAAAACCACAGUUACAGAAUUGUGAUGUUACGCCUGGAGGUAGAAGUAGCAAGCCUGCAGUCGAAAUCGAAAUUGGAGAGAGCAUGAGCAUGA